AUGACGAGGAUGUUGCUAUUAACGAUGAUGAGUACUUCGAUUAUAGAGGAUUCUCCAAAAACAGCCGUGUUUUACGUAACUACAAAUCUAAGAAAAAACAACAGCACCACGAAGAAGAGCAACAACAAGAUGGCCGCCAGUUCGCUGCCUGUAAACAUUCUACGUCAACACGGUGCUACUGUUUUCCAUUGCGGCGGUGAAACCGAUGAAUAUGACAACGGCGGAAUGGUGCCUCCCCAUGUUAUUUUAGCAAGGAGAAUUGCGGGGAAAAUGGCAUUUUCUGUUUGUACUAGCAAUGGAAGGACACUUAAAAGAAGGGAUUUGAGUCAAGUGCAAAAUUCAGUUCUUAGAAUGACAGGAUUUUUGGAAGUCUAA